GGAAUUAUUAUCCAUAUACUAUAACUGGUAAAUAUUGUAAUUUUUAUUUGUUAUCAUAAAUAAUGUUUGCCUAAUAUUUUUACAAGUUUUGUUUGUUUUUCAUGUUAUCCUCGACUAAAGAAUACACUUGUUCCUUCAUUCCAAAGUUCUCUAUAUCAAUUCAAACAAGAUAUGAAGAUAAUAAUGGGACUAAUGACAAUUGUUUAGGACUGACCCCUGAAGAGUUAGAGCAAAGGGAUGUAGACUUCCUGGACAUAGCUUAUGAUGAGAUAAAGCCGCACCAUUAUAAAGAGGCUGAGGAUCCAAAGUUCUUCAAGUCUGAGAAAACUGGGCGAGGCCCGUUGGUUGAAGGAUGGAGAGACACACAGAAACCCAUUAUGUGCUGUUACAAAUUAGUUAAUGUCAAGUUUGAGGUGUGGGGGCUACAGACCAAGGUCGAGGAGUAUGUUCAAGGGGCAAUUCGAGAAAUUUUAUUGCUUGGCCAUCGACAAGCUUUCGCCUGGAUGGACGACUGGUACAACAUGACCAUAGAGGAUGUUCGGGAGUAUGAACGUGAAAUGCAUGAGAAAACCAAUAUAAAGUUAAAAGCCAGUAUUGAGACUGCUGAAGGGAAGGAGGAAGAAGGCGCGAAAUCAGUGCCAGAAAGUCCAAAGAGUCCUAAAACACCAAAGAGUUCCAGUUCAACCCCGACUGGGGAAGGAAGGUCAUGGUUUACAUGGUCUUAAUUCAACUGGACUGUUUCUCACGAUCUCAGCUGUCUGCACAGGGUUCGGUUUUGAUAUGUGUUCAUAUGAUGCCUUCCAACCAUAUCAUGUGAUCAUAAUAGAGCAUAUGUACUUCAAAAUUGUAGUUCCUAUUGUAUCCUCUGUUUUUUUUUGUGCUGGCAAAUGAAGCGUGAGCUUAUAGGUUUAUUAGGGAGACGAUUUACGAACGUUGAGGCAGAUAUCUUGCAUCUUGCUCUUACACUGAGGUCAACCUCAGAGUGAGAUGGUGAGGGAAGGUAAAACACCCGUUUAAUUUGUUAACCCCGAAAUGAUAAACUCCGCAUAUAAGCUACGUGCAGAAUUGUUUUUUAUUUUUUAAUAGGGGAUAUUUUCAACCCUUUCUCAAAUCUAUGUAAUUAUUUCCAUUGUUUGAUAGUAAAUUUCUUCCUUGUGAAAUUAGGGUUAGUUUCUCUACAAAAUUUUUGAACAAAAUGUAGAUAAGUAUCUGUUGCUUUUAGAUGUUGCCUUUUUCUAUUAGAGAUAUCUUAAAUUUUAGAUUCCUAUUCAAUAUAUGCAUUUCAGUAGACGCCACCUAGUCAAAAUUGUGUUAGUUUCAUAGUUUUACCUAUCCCUUUAUAAGGCGGUGUGUGUGACCGCCAUAUAUUGGAAGUUCGUGUUAAGGUUUUACGUCAACUUAAUUAGGCCACUGCAAGACACCACCAAUAAACAUUGCAUGAUUAAUAUACAAAGUAGGCUCGAGAGACAGGCAAGCCUUUAAAAAGCUACAAAAUAUUGAAUCGUAUUUAUUUAGUAUUUAUUAUUUACCGAUUAUACGGUAUAUAUGUACAUAAUAUAUGCGGGGAAAGGAUUUUGUUUUAACGUCAAGCUUUCAUUUAUAUAGAUAAUUAAUAAGUACACUUAAGUACGCCCAUUUAUUGACAAUAGUUAAAGGAGUUAGAUACUUUUUCAUGCAAAUUUUUAGGAAAAUUGGACACAGGUACUUGCUUAAGUUCGGAAUGAUGGAUUGGUUUAAUUAUAUAAUUUAGUAGUAAUUAAGGUUUGCCUUACGAAAAAGUAGAAAUUGUAUUGAAUUAUACAUGAUAUGAUAUAUUAACGUUGACAUAAGUACGUGCAUUCAUAUGGCCCCAAACAAUAUUUUGUGUAGUACAAAAUAAGUGAUAGAAAAUAUUGAUCAUACAAGGUUUUCACAAUUUAAUCCACAAUCUUCACUUAUAUUUCGGUUGUGGUUUCUGUACUGAAAACUGGACAACUUUUCUUAAAAAAAAUAUUUAUAGCGAAAAAUUAUUAACUUAAGAAAACAAUGUAACAGAGCCGACAGGAAUUGAAAUAUUUUUCAUCUAUCGUCAUAAGAUUGCGGAGAUAAUUAUUCGAUUUCUCGUAGAAAAAUUUGCACUAAAAUUAUAUUCAUACUAUUUGUAUAUACAAAUAUGACAGUGAUGAUACUAAAACAUUAACAAUAUCAAAUUUUGUACCUUAAAAAUAUUUAUGCUCUAACUAAAAUAAAAAGUAGCCAUUUUCUUGACCUCGGGCAAUAAUUGACAUAUUUGUUUCUUACAUUAUACAUAUAAAUGAAUAAUUUUGACUGACAAUACAUUUAUGUUAUUUAGGCGCGUAAGCAAUUGAGUUGCGUAUUGUUUUAAUUUAUUAUAAUUAUUAUAGAUUGAUAUUAUACAAAGUUUGUAUUUGUUAUAUAUAUAUAAUGCCAUAUUUGUGAUGUUUCUAUAUAUCAGAGUAGGUAGUAGUUUUCGAAGUAAGAUUGCAAUGUUGCCUGUUAAUCGUAUACUAUGUAACAUGUACAUAAGUGUCACGUUUUAAAAGGCGUGGAUCAGACUAAAUAUUUUUACUCUGAUCUAUACGGUAAUGAAUGGACAUUUGCCUUAAUAUUUUUAUUGCAACAUAGUAUUGCCAUCUUAUCAGAUGCAGGCAAUUGCAAAAGAUUAUUUUAUAUACGGGUUAAUGACUUUAUUGGGUAGAUUUUUUAAUGAAUCCAAGUGGUGAGAACGAUAUUUCAUAGCAUCAUUAUUCCAUAGCAAUUUAUAUCAACGUUUUUUGGCCAAUGAGGUUUAGUCACAUCAUAUUCGAAUCUUUAUCUACAUGGAGUGCCGUCAUUAAGAUCAUAUAAUUAUAUACAUUACAGUUAUUUACUCUAAGUAAAAUGUGUAAUUCUAUUCUGAAAUACAAUGCUUUGCUGGUAUAAAGGAGUCUGGCUGGAUUAGGUUAAGAUGCAUAUGAUGUUUAGAAAAAAUGGUUGUUUAUUAAAUGGCAAUUAUGGUCCAA